AUGUCUUUUAAACAAAGCAAAUACCCUGAAAAUAAUAUCUUCUCGCUUAAACAAAAUAAUACCAAUUAUAAGUAUUAUGUUAUUAAUGAAGGAUUUUAUCCACCUAAAGAUAAAAUAUGUUAUACUACAGCAAGUUCUUGUAAUGGAUCUAAAUAUAGAGUUCUGAAUAAUUAUCUAGUUCAGACCAGUUGGGGAAGAAGCAAGUCACGCCAUAUAGUAAAAUGUGAAAUAGAGUAUGAACAGGAUGAUCUAAUUUUUAUAAUAAGAUUUGAAGAAAAUUCUCAACAAUAUAUAUUGAAAUCAAAGAAAUUUUCAACCACUAUUGCUAAUAACUAUCUUCAAAAAAAAUGUCCUAAUACCCUUGCAACAAUUUCUGAGAUCUAUGUGUUUGGUCUCAAUGCCAUGGAUAUAGAAUGGGAGC